CAUUGUGGCGGUCGAUAUAAAAAGAAAAAGACCAUGAUAAGAGGAAUUCAGAUACCAAAAUGUACAGCGUGCCUGAUUCGAAUUACCGCCAUUUUUGUAUUGUGCAUAACGCUAGCAGGUGACGUUGAGUCCAACCCUGGACAGAAAACGAGACAAACAAACAGCGGUAGACAGCGGUGAAGCGGCUCAAACUAAUAGUACGUUGGAUUCCAUUCUUCAACAGAGUUGGUGAUGAGAUCAUAAAGGUUAAUGGUCAGGAAAUUGCUGGGAAGAACAUGGACGGCGUUCUGUCACUAUUCAAGGGUAAUGCGUCUACCAGUAUCUGCAUAGUUAUUAAAUGUAGAAGAGGUACCGGUAAUGAAGAAGAUUGUGUGGAUGGAGCCAACAGUGACGAACGUGGCACAAUUGCAUAUGAUAUGGAAUGCAUGAUUACGCCUACUAUCCGAACAUGUGAGAUGGCAGUUAGUGGUUUCAGUUGCCCAGAUAAAUUAUUGUCAGGCAAGACAGACAGACAACCGAUGUUUAUUUUUGGUAACUUUUACAACGAAGAAGACCAAUGUGAGGAUCAGCUUUUUUUUGAAUGUGAGAACACAAGUGUCGUGGCCAGAAAGGCAGUGGCCAAAGAGGCAGAGGCCAGAAAGAAGCCAACCUUGGUAGUUCAUCAUUAUGUACAUUUUGAGAAGUUUGUUCCAAAAAAAAUAUUGAUUAUAGAGUGUAAUGAUAAGUUUAUAACAGCAAGCGCCGACAAUGAAGUCAAACUAAAAGACGGAGAAAUUAAUAAAUUACUCGACUGCGAUGGGCGUGCGUUCAUUUACCACAAGAAUAUUGGUCCUGAUGACAACAUUAUGUUAGAAUCACUGCAGUAUCGAAAUCGUUAUCUUGGAUUUGAUAGUCCUAAAGUUAAAAUGAUACCUCUUGAAAACUGGGAAUCGGCUACAGCUAAAAAAUGCCGAUUGAAGUUCUCAGAUGAAUAAAAAUGAUGAUCACGCAGUAUGAUAACGCCAAUAGAUCAAACUACCAUGAUGACCUAAUGAUGACGUAAUCAGGACUCAUUGCUAGAUAUACAUUAUGAAAAAGUUUGUCCAUCUUAAUAAGUAAUAUGUCACUUUUUACAUUAGGAAUUAUAUUAAUUUUGGAAUUUUGUGAGUAUCUUGAAACAGCUAAUUAGGACAUGUUAUAUAAUUAACCUCAUCAAGAGUUUGAAAUAGACCUCUGAAAAUCGUUUUUGUAUCAUUAACAUGAUUUUCGCAGUUCUUUAGAAAAUUUAUAGUGAUGUCAAAACGUAUUUCACAUUGGUAUAGGCCUUGUUAUGAAUCAGUAUGUUGAUUAUUAGCUAAGGAUGAUUAUUGGUCACAUUGAUAGAUGAUGAUAAAAUAAUUCGUCGAUUUAAUUAAUAAUCAAAUAAUUUUAAUCAAAAUUAAUUUUAUAUGCUAUAUUAUUUAGUUAAUUUGGGUAAGUUUCUAGAGGUAAACCAGGUCCUGCUAUACUUUAUAAUUUUAAUAAUCAAGUUUUGUCUUUUUUUAAAGGCCUACUCAAAAUUGUUUCUGAAGCAUGAGCAGAUUAUACAGGCCUAUCAGGUGCAGGACCAGUAGGAGGCACGGGGGCACGUUCCCCCUUCCGUUUUGACACUAAUUUUUAAAAUUUCAAUGCAUAUCAGUGUUAUGUGUUACCACUUAUCUAUUCUGAAACUUUUGUGCCCCCACCCCCCGUUAAAAAAAAAUACUGGUCCGCUUCCGCCUACAGAAAAUUUGAAAAUACCUAAUCUUAUCUUCACUCUGAUAUAUGCAUUAUUAUGAAUCAAUGUACAUAUACUAGCUGUUAGCUGUUUUCAUAAAACAGACAAGUACGGUAAUUGAUACAAAAUACUAGCUAAGAUACAAGUUAACCUUAUUGUCAAAUUCAUUGAAAAAAUUGUUGUACUUAUUCUGUGGAAUCAUUUAUAAAUAUAUAUGUGAUAAAUAGUUAAGUAUGUAAUUCGUAGUAAAUUCUUAAUACAUUUUGAUUGGCAUGGAUUUUGAUUAAAUUAAUAAAUUACAGGCUAUAUACAAUGCUGAAUAUCCCAAACGGCUUGUGGACAGUUUUUGUUUUUUUCAAUUUCUAAAUUUGAUUUUAAUAUAGCAUAAAGCUAUUAUAAAGGAUAUCAACAUUUUUAAAGAACUCACCAAUAAAAUCUCCUCACCUUUCGUACUCUUCAAUAUUAUGUUAUGAUAAUAUAAUUGCACCAUUUUGUUCUCCUGUACGCUUUUGUUUAUUUUGUUAUUUUGUGUGCGUCUGUUUGUCUUCUUUUUGUCUAUUUUCCGGAACUAUUGCAUAAUUUGUUGAAAUUUUUCGGGCCACGCUUGCUACAAGUGUCAUGAGAGAAUUCUUUUUUUAUUAUUGAAUUUUCCUUUUAGAGCACUUCCCACUUUCGUUAAUCAAAUCCGUUUAUUCCAAUUUUUGUGGCCUAUUUCGAUCUUUUUUUAAUGUUACAACAUUUUGAUUUCAGUGUUUGAUUGUAAGAUUUGGAAGAAAUAAAUAUAUAUUUGAUUGACUGACUGACUUUUUUUUUAAAUUAUUAAUUUGAAUGAGCUGAAAUGUAACAUUGUUCGUCUUAAGGUCAAUUAUCUUAUGUAACUUUGAUUAAAUAAAUUACAAACUACAGUAUGUACAUUAUUAAGUAUCUCAAAGGGUUUGUGGACAUAUUUGUUGUUUAAGUUUAAAUAUUCAUUGUAAUUUAAAUGAGCUAAAUUGUAAAACAUCGAAAUAACAUAGUUUGAAAAACUACCUUUUUUAAAUCUAUGUUUAACUUUGGAGUAGAGCUGUACCUUCGUCGUAGCGUAGUUUAUAACAUCGAUCACUUUUGUUCUUGAACAAUUUAUUGGCCUCCUGUAUUUUAGCUUAAUGAUAGUUCAAAAGUUUGCCAUGCAACCUCUUUAUCGUUUUAUCCUGUCUACAUAAAUUUGUAAUCAACUUUUUGCAAAUAAUAAUAACAAUAAUACUUUUAUUUGUAAUUCUAAAAUUGAUUUUCAAUUUGUAUUUUUUAAAUUCAAA